UCUCACUUCCGCCGGAUGUUAAAAAUUUGAAAUAUUCAAAUUCAAAAAAUAGUACUCGUAUUUUCACCUAAUAAAGCACCAGAUUGUUCCUGUCUUCAUCGUAUAAUAUUGUGUUACCUCAUCAGAGACUCUUGUGUGAAUUGAUCACAACAUCAGCAGAUGCAGAUGAAAGAUGUCAUACAGCAGCAGUGCUACAGAGCUGACCAAUGGGGUAGAAGGAGCAGUGCAUUGUGGAUCCGGAAUGAAACGACGGAGAACUGAAGACUCAGACUGUAAUGACAAUGAAGUGUAUGUGAAACAAGGCCGUAACUUCUUGACCAUAUUAGGGAAUUCACACACAUUCUUAUCGGAACAAUGGAAACCAGAUCUAUGUACACUUUACAAACCACUUACCGAAGACAUUAUGAUUAAUAUGCGCAACAUUGAACAGGUGACAUUUUCUACUGGCAGUCAUUUUCUAGCAGAUGUGGGUGGCAGCUAUGACAGGUCCCAGCAAGGUUGCUCUAUAAAUAUGUGGAGGUACGAUCCCAACCAGAAACACCUUUACAUCGCCAAGUCUUUAUUCUUCAAUAAUGCACAGUUAUAUGAUGCAGUAAGAAGAUGCCUUGCAGGAUUAUGAUAGCCCUUCAUGAACUUUGGGUGAUUUGCGUAAAUAGAAAGAAUGGUGCUUAUAGACGGCGAGGAUACUGGAUUUGAGAUCUCAAAAGCCUCGUUUUACAAUGACAGUUGAGGAUGGUUCAAAAAUCAACAACCUAUCCAAAAGGUUUCCAUGAUAGACAUAAAAGAACUAAAUAUGGUAGCUAGAAAGUGGAUUUGCCAUUUUUAUGUCACCACCACAAGUGUCUGUAACAAAUGGCAGGUGG